AUGUCGGACAACGAUGGACAAGGCUCCCCAGGUACCCACGAAGACCUCGUCGGCGCGUCAAACUUGGGCAAUGGUAGCCUAGCUCAGGGCACGGGAGCUGUUCCAAAUGAAUCUCGGGGCAUGAAGCGGAUGAGACCUACCCAAGAUGAGGAUGACGAUGAUGAUGAUUCUAAACCUGGCCGCGAGAGACGCAAGAUCGAAAUCAAGUUCAUCCAAGACAAAUCGCGUCGCCAUAUCACUUUCUCGAAGAGAAAAGCUGGUAUUAUGAAGAAGGCUUACGAGCUUUCGGUUCUUACCGGGACCCAGGUAUUAUUGCUAGUUGUGUCCGAGACGGGUCUGGUGUACACAUUUACCACACCCAAGUUACAACCCCUCGUAACUCGGGCGGAAGGUAAAAACCUCAUCCAGGCAUGCUUGAACGCCCCAGAACCGAACAUUCCUGGCAUGCAAGAAAAUACAGAACCUGAUGACGCACCGGAAUCUCCAGAGGAACAUAGCCAUAUGCAGAUUCCUCAGCAAGCCCGAGCCCUCCCGCCACAAGUCCCAGUUGCGGGAGCUUAUAAUAUGUCACCCGAAGAAUAUCAAUACCUCGCCCAACAACAGCAGCAGGCCCAUCGUACUCAAUACGGUAUGCCCCCUACGCAUAUGCAGCAGCCUCAUCCCGCGCGUUCCUCUUAA